AUGAGAGGAUAUUACAGAGGAUUUUAUGGACCACAUCCAUUCAGAUUUGGUGGUUUCUUUUUUUUAAUUGGUGCUUUCAUGUUAGGUAAAGUUACAGCUAAUCAUCAUUACAAUGGUCAUUGGAAUCAUGCAGGUAUUUGUGAUAGAGGUAGCAAAUAUCAAAAACAUCUUUUUGAAUGUCAAUGUCCAAAUUGUAUGCAACAAAACUCAAGAAACAAUGCUGACGGCAAUUGGAAACAAAAUUAUCAAAGUAUGAAUCAUGAAGUAAGACAUAAUGAAAAUUUCGUUUAA